GCUCAGCUCAGCUCAGCUCAGCUCCUCUUCACCCUCGGCGGAGAUCCCGAUCCUGAGCGAGUCACCCAGAUGGCGUAGCACGGACCUCGGAAGGUUCAUGUGCAAGACACGUGAUCCGAAUCAAAGCCAUCAAGAUCUGCUCAGCUCCGCCUCCGGUGCUAGUAGCAUUAUCCUCCGACCGACCUCCGAUGAUCUGCAGCUCGGGAAAAAAAGUCAUGGCGAUUACUGGAAAGUUUCGCGCAGAUGAAUGCAGUGCAGCAAUUGUGGCGCAACAAAAACACAGCGGUUUUUGACGUCUUCCUGUCUCACCAACUCCACCAAACUACCUCGCUCGCCUCACUCGUCUCACCCUCUUCCUCCCACUGCGCCGGUGGUCCUACCGGCCACGGGCGAACCAAACCGACAACCCUGAGCUACCACUCCACCGCCCUUUUUCAGACGCCCCUGCCCCCGCUGCCUCGCCGGGUCUCAACAAAACAAUAAUUGUUGCAGCGCAGCGACAGGUGAGGCGCGUCAAUGGCGUGGGUCUGACCACUGACCAUCGCCUACCUAGCUAAGUAGCUCGUCAUGGCAGCCAUCAUCGCCACCACCUCGCCACCCUCAUCGCUUAUCAUCACGAGCGGCUAGUGCAGAGGCUCCGUUCACGCAAUGAUUGGCCAUGGGUUAUGCGCUGCGGCUGCGGCGACCUUGUCGUUUGCCCUGUUCCGGCUGCCCGGGUGAACGGGUUAGUUUAGUGCCGGAGCUGUACUUCGGCUGUACGUAGCGGGAGGAGGGGAGAGUAAAGAAUUGGAGGCGGGUUGGAUGCUGUGCGUGCGCGCGGAGGACGCCCUGGCCGCCGCUGCAGCCGCGGCCGCGGCGUCCGACAAGAUGCGCUCCGUGACCCUGGGCAGCUCGAUCCGGAGAGCGGCGCGGAGGAUGGCAGGCGGAGGGAGGAGGCCGGGCGGCUCGGCGCGUCCGGGGAGCGGCGACGCGUCGGCAUCAGCGAGCUGCUCAGGGGAUGAUAGCAGCGUUGGUAGUGCCAAGAGGGAAGGGGGACGAAGGUGCAUCAUGCGGCGGUACAGAUCGCAGCUCGAGCAGGAAGUUAAGAAAUUGCAAUGGCAGCUCCAAGAAGAGAUUGACUUGCAUCUGGCGUUGGCAGAUGCCAUUAGAUAUGAUGCCGCAUUGAUACUGAAGUCUUCUACAAAGGUUCCAGACAAGGCACGGGAGCUAAUAAUUAGCAUAGCCUCUUUGGAGAUUACUGUCUCAAAGCUUGAAGAGGAUCUAAAUCACCUACGUUACCAGUUACGUCAUGUAAGGAAUGAAAGGCUACUUGCAGAAAAUAACCCAGGAUGCUUGCUACCUACAUCAUCAGAAUGCCAACCGUCCACAGCGUGCAAUUGUACAGGGGAAGAACAUGUAUCAAAGUUAAGAGAUUUGAGGUUCGGAGAUUGUCAGUUAGUGCAGUCAAUGCAAGAAGAUUUAUCAACUGAAUUUGAAGAUCAACAGGAUGAUGAAAAUGAUUGUGAAGAUAGAGAGAUGAUAUCUCCAAAUAGGCUGCUAGAAAAGCACCAAGAUGCUCGUUUAACAAGACUGUUGGAACACCAAGAUGAAGAGAUGCAAGAGGCAUGCUCUAUGGAAAAAGAAGAUCAGAGGAUAGACGUAUUACCAUUUAGCCAAUCCAAUUUGAAGAAAAGCAGCAUGACUGGAAAUGUGUGGAAUAAUCCAAACCAGCUCUCUGAAGAGAUGGUGCGCUCCAUGAGAGAUAUCUUCCUUCAUUUAUCUGCAUCUUCCAAGAUAUCACCAAAGGCGCCUUUUGAUAAUUCAUCUUCAUCAGCAGAACGUCUGUCUGGUUCAACAUCGACGUCUUUGUCAGAUUCAUCUGUAAUAGCCUCAGUGCUGCGCAGUCCUUCAAUUGACUUGAACCACGAUUAUGGUAUUAUGGAAGAAGUUACAAACUUUGAUCCAUACAAUGUUAAUGGGAAGGAAGCCCGGAGAGACAUUGGAAGCUAUUGUUCUGUAGCUGAAGUGUCUUGGAUGUAUGUUGGCACUGAACAACUUGGAUAUGCAUCUGGAGCUCUGAAAAAGUUCAGGUUUCUUGUAGAGCAACUAUCAAAGGUUGACCCUACUUGUAUGAACUGUGAUGAGCGGUUAGCAUUUUGGAUUAACCUAUACAAUGCAUUAAUAAUGCAUGCAUAUUUAGCAUAUGGUGUUCCCGAAAAUGACAUCAAACUUUUCUCGCUAAUGCAAAAGGCCAAUUACACGGUCGGUGGGCAGCCCAUCAGUGCAACUGAAAUAGAGUUUGUUAUUCUGAAGAUGAAGACUCCAGUGUAUCGUCCACAACUCUCGUUGAUGUUGGCUCUUCACAAAUUCAAUACUUCAGAGAAGCACAAGAAAUAUUCAAUCGAUGAUAAUGAACCCCUUGUGCUGUUUGCGCUUAGUUGUGGGAUGUUCUCUUCACCUGCGGUAAGGAUUUUCACUGCUGCAAAUGUUAGACGGGAGCUUCAAGAAUCAAUGAGAGACUACAUCAGAGCAUCAGUUGGUAUAAAUGACAAAGGAAAGCUUAUAGUCCCAAAUUUACUGCAGAGCUAUGCCAAGGGCAUCGUGGAGGACUCUCUGCUUGCCGAUUGGAUCUGCCGUCACCUGACAGUGGAUCAGGUCGCUGCGAUCCAAGAUACUUCAUCGUCGCACAAGCAGCGUCUUCUUGGGGUGCGCAGUUUUAGUGUCAUCCCGUUCGAUUCGAAAUUCCGGUACCUGUUCUUAUCUGACAACAGUAGGUGAUAGAACCGAAACGAGGUCCCUUAUCUAUGUGCAGAAAGAAACUAGAGUGGGCAUUUUGACAUGGUGAAAAGUGAAAAAGGUUAUCUGUAUAUUUUGUAAAUUUUGGGGGUGAUUUGUGAUUCUUCUCUGUAUGUAAAGUUAUUUCCAGUUUGUACUAAGGCCAGCUCCAACAAAAACUGUAAAACACACCGUAUCACUGUGUUGAUUGCUAUGUUUGUCCUUUUGCCAAUCGGAAGUGGGAGGAAAGCUCUCCAAUAGCGUCCGUAUCAACCGGCACAGGGAUACAGGCACGAGGCCCUGUCUGGCCAAUUAGCAAAAGCAAAAAUGAGUGUAUCACUGUAGCUAGAGGAUGACUGUGGAUCUGAAGAA